GUGCAUGGGAUGCUUUCACAGAUGGAUCCAGCACUAGUUGCAUACUGUGACAAGAUUGCUAGCCAAGGUGGCCCACUUCAUCUUCCUGAUGAAUUAGGGUAUUCUACCUUCCCUGCUACUCCUGUUGUACAGCUGGGUACUGCUACUAGAACGAGUGCUCGACUUCGCCAUGUCCAACCUGAGGUUAAUAUGGACCAGAGUUAUGACGUAUUGAAGCGGAAUAAGAAGAUCACGGAUGUUGUGCAUGCAGCAGAAGACAAGUCACAAGAUUCUGUACCAUCAAAGUCUUCCCAGGAGCAUCACGCAAAUGACGUAAAUUCUGAAAGGCUGGACCCAAUGUCAAUUGAUGCAAAUGUGCAGGGAACUUGUACAAAUAGCCUUGCUGAUAGCAGCAGUUUUGAUGAUGUCGCAAUGCUAGAUGGUGACUUUUCAAUACAAGAGGAGUCUGUCAAGCAGCUUUUUGUCAAGCGUAUUGAAAAUUACAGCAUUCCACAACUUGAAAGGCUUUACACGAGAAUUAUGAAGGGCGUUUUUGAAACCAAAGAUAAAGUAACGAAUGAUGAUAUCAAGACUUCGGUUUGGGUGUUUUUAUUGAAUUUUGUAGAGGAUGAUGCAAAUUUCCGACUAAUCGGUUUUCCCUUUCUCCCUUGA